GUUUACAAAUGCAGUUGCAGCCGCGGAUGUACAUCCAGCCGGAGACAUUCCACCUGGGUCGCAUGCUGACGAGACUGAUGCAGUGCAGUCCUUGGAAUCUGGCAUAAGCUGCCAAACUGAGAUGACUGGGAGCGAUAUCAUUCAGCUUCAAAAGGAAGUAGUCAGCCUACGAGAAGAGCUUGGAUCUGCGAAGGUGGAAAUAGCAGCAGGAAAAUUCACCGAAAACGCAUUGCGCCAUAAUGAUGACAAGGUGUCAUAUUAUACUGGGCUGCCAACAUUUUUGAUGCUCUUCUCCCUGUUCAACAUUCUCAAAGAACAUGUAUCACAUUCUUCCAGAAAUGUCCUCACGCAGUUUGAGGAGCUGUUUCUGUUCCUCAUGCGGAUGAGGCUUGGCAUUCACCUUCAAGAUUUGGCAUAUCGCUUCAAGGUGUCACAGCCAACCGCUUCCAGAAUUUGUGAGAAGUGGCUAGAUGUUUGCUACGACCGCCUGAGUCCACUGGUGUACUGGCCUGAGAAAGAAGACGUAAUGAGAACUAUGCCAGUUUGUUUUGUUGAGAAUUUUGGGCUAAAUGUGAGGGUCAUAUUAGAUUGCUUUGAAGUUUUCAUCCAGAGGCCAAGUUCGCUUCUAACACGAGCUCAAACAUGGUCCCACUACAAACAUCACAACACUGUGAAGUUCCUGCUAGCAAUAUGCCCACAAGGGAUGAUAACGCACAUUUCAAAAGCAUUUGGUGGCCGUGCUAGCGACAAGCUAAUCACUGAGGACAGCGGUGUUCUACAAUUGCUUGACAGAGGUGACAUUGUUUUGGCAGACAGGGGCUUCCUGAUAGCAGAAAGUGUCGGGAUGUGUUGUGCCACACUGGCAAUCCCUGCCUUUACAAAAGGGAAAAGGCAGCUUUCCAGCAGGGAGGUUGAGCAAACAAGGGAAAUCGCUAAUGUGCGAAUUCAUGUAGAGAGGGUAAUAGGAAUGGUGCGGAACAAAUACACCAUACUGAAGGGGACAUUGCCAGUAGAGGUUCUGAGAAAGAACAACAACCAUGAAUGUCCAAUCGACAAGAUUGUGAGAGUGUGCUGUGCACUAACAAACUUGUGCAAUACCAUAGUGCCAUUUGAUUAGCCCUUUGAUGACAAAGGUUUUUUUGUUUGUGCAUCUCGCCUUUGCUAGGUCUUUUUGCGUGGUUGUUCAGCAGACAUUUCGCACUACUAAAGCACUGUUCAAAUGUGUCUAUUAGGAUCGUCUUAUCUGCAAACAUGUCUUGCCUCCUCGCACUUUUACCUAUCCUCCUCUUCGCCUGUAUAUGUGUUCAUCUUCAUCGCCUGUGUGCUGCGCUGGUUCGCUGACGAGCUCCCGGGCCUAAUAAACGUCGUUCCAACCGAGACGUCACAGUAUUUUCGACCUUGUGUACACUCGAUUCUUGAUGUUUUCAUUUGAUUUGUGUAUGAAAAAAUGUUUUCAUAUGAUUUGUGUAAUUGUAAGCUGUGUACACCAUGUAAUAUUUCGA